AAUGUUUUCUCUCGUCUUUUUCAUCGGACUGUUUUGAUACAGGGAGCGAUGGUUGCUGCCCACUUGUGACUGGGUUCCAAGAAGGGAGACACCCUCUCUGACAGACGGAGGAACAUGCGUCUGGCUCUACGACCACGCAGUGGCUGUCUGGGACUGUGUCUUUGUGUGUCCGUGCUAACUCUGCUGCUGCAGGGGCUGUGGGUGCCACCAGAGGGAGCCAGAGAGGAGCCGGCAGUAGGGGCCUCAGAGGAACACGGUCAGCGUGGGGGCCCCAGCGUGCGGAGGCUGGCCCUGAGGCUGGAGGCUGUUAGCUCCCAGGUCCAGAGGCUGGCCCAGGAGAGGGAGGCCCUGCAGCCGGCCAGCCAGGACCUCAGCGCCCUGCUGCACAGUCUCCGUCAGGACCAGGAGGGCCUGGUGCGCUCCGUCCAGAAGGAGCUCCAGAGAUUGGCCCAGAAACUGGACCGCUUAGACCUCCACCCAUCUAACUCACCAGGACCACCACCACACACUGACCGAGCACAGCAGACUGGUCGUGAGGAGUGUAAGAUUCCUGUUGACCCUGCCUAUCCCCUGUGUGCUGACAAGGUGCAGUUCCUGCUAGCCCGCUGGCAGUCGGACCCCUGCUAUAGCUUCUAUGGGGUGGAUGGUACCAUCUGCUCCAUUCUCACCUACCUGAGCCAGAGAGAAGACUUCUGCCCCCCCCGACCUGGAACGAACCAUUCCGCCCCGCCCUGGCACCGCCCCCCCAGCCUCCACUCAGAGCGGGCACAGAUCCGGACGACCCUGGGCCUGCUGCACGAGGUGAUUGGCCGCUGGAAGGGUCCUGCAGUGAGCUUCAUCCGGUCCAGGGCGGAGAGGCUGUCUGGGCACUGGAUCAGGGCUGGCCGCAGGAUCAACACCUCUCACAGCUCUCCUCAGAUGAAGGUGCUGCUGUACCCUGGGAUGCUGGCGGGGGUAGCAGGCCAGCGGUUCGGCUCCAUGGUGGAGAGGGGGGGUCCUCUGGGUGAGCUGGUGCAGUGGGCCGACCUCAGCGCCAGCCUCAUCAUCCUGGGACACAACCUGACCCUCGCCACCUCCCAGGAACACUUGCGCAGUCUGAUAGGGGCGGCACCAGGAAAAGGAAGCUGCCCAAUCCAGUGGCCGUUGACCUUUGACCUGGUCUACACAGACUACCAUGGCCUGGCCCACCUCCAGGGGGCCAUGGGCCUGGCCUUCCAGCACUACCAGUGUCGCUUUCGUGUCCUGGACUCAUUUGGCACGGAACCUGCAUUCAACCUGGCCAUUUACGCCCGUACCCAUGGUUACAACACGCUGUGGGGUAACUGGGGUCUCCAACCACUGCAGUACAUGACCAUGUUCCCUCACAGCCCAGAUAACUCCUUCCUGGGCUUCGUCAGUGAGCAGACCGCCAGGGAGGAAGUGGAGUCCGAGCUGGACAGGAAGGACAACAUUGCAGUGGUGUACGGGAAACAGGAGUACAUGUGGCAGGGGAAGGGGCAGUACCUGGGGGUGGUCAGUAGAGAGCUGGAGACCCAUGGUACCGUGUAUCAGCCCUCCUCCUCCUCCAUCCUCCCCCACUCCAUCAUCAACCACGGUCUGCUGACCCAGGACCAGUUCCUGCAGCUGCUCAGGAGAGCCAAGGUGUUUGUGGGGCUGGGGUUCCCCUACGAGGGCCCGGCCCCCCUGGAGGCCAUAGCCUCAGGAUGUGUCUUCCUCCAGCCCAGGUUCCUGCCUCCACGCUCAGCAGAGAACACUGACUUCUACAGAGGGAAACCCACCACCAGAGAGGUCAACUCCCAGCAUCCCUACGUAGAGGACUUCAUUGGGAAGCCCUAUGUGUGGACUGUAGACACAGCCAACUCCACAGAAGUCCAACAGGCCAUCAGAGCUAUUCUCCAAACUCAGGUGAAGCCAUUCACUCCACGAGAGUUUACCUGCGAGGGGAUGUUGGAGAGAGUCAACGCUUACAUUACACACCAGGAUUUCUGCCAGGAGUCCUUCCCUACCUGGCCAGCAGAGGGGGCUCUGCAGGGCCACCUGGGCCCCCUGGGCCAGUCCUGUGUGACUGUGUGUCGGCGGUCCUCUCUGGUGUGUGAGCCGGCCCUGUUCCAUCACCUCAACAGCCCUGCGGCCUUCACCAGAUUCAGCCUGGACUGCUCCAGCACAGAGCAGGAAGUCAACCACCUGUUUCCUGCCUACAGCCCGUGGGGGCGUCGCUGUGGGCUGCAGAAGGAGCGGCUGUUGUUCAGCUGUGCCGGUUCUGACCCCUCCUAUCGCAGACUCUGCCCCUGCAGGGACCACCUGUCUGGACAGGUGGCACUCUGCCCCGGCUGCCUCUAGGGGGCAGUGUUUUCUCUCAGCACCGCUUACAGAGAGAUCUAGGGAGGGGAACUGUGGACUGACUGGUCUCUUCAGUCUCAUGGGCACCGCCAUUUCCAGUAUU